GUGCGACCACCCCCCAUCAGAAGGGAGAGGCACCGGGCAACCGCAAGCACCACCGAUCCAGUGACCCGCCGACAGAAGUAUGGAGCUGCCUCUUCCGUUUAUGUUGGACGUCGCAGCGCAGAAGCCCCCCAGGGGAAAUUGGUCAACGCCGCCCUUCGACCCGCGCUUUCCCAACCAGAACCAGACCCGUAACUGCUACCAGAACUUCCUGGACUUCCACCGCUGCGUGAAGACCAUGAGGCGCCGCGGGAAAAGCGAGCAGCCCUGCGAGUACUAUUUCCGCGUGUACCGCUCGCUGUGCCCCAUCAGCUGGGUGCAGCGCUGGAAUGAGCAGAUCAAAGAAGGCACCUUCGCGGGCAAAAUCUGACUUCCAGAGCGCGGCUUCCUCCAGGGGAUCGGCCCCCGUGGCCCCGCAUCUUCUCGCCUCGCGGAGACCUGGGCUCAGUUACCCACCCCACCCCGAUCUCUAAGCCGCAAAUAAAGUUAUGUUGUUGCUGA